AUGAAAUCGAUUCUAAAUGUCCCAAGAGGCCGGCUACGAAAAGAUUUUUCUUUAUCCCGAAUUGAAGGCUCUUUACCAUCCUUAAACUCCAGUUUUUCCUCUAACAAGUACACAGAACAUGAAGCAGUUGACCAUAUAAAAUUCCUAUCCAAAAGAAUCCAAGACCUGGAGUCCAUAAUUUCUUCGAAAAAUCAAGAAAUUCAUAAGCUAGAAAUGAUGAAUAAACAGCUUGUAAACAGUCUAAAUAAACGAGAUGAAAUAAUAGCUUCAGCGUUAUUCGAAAAUCGUAAGCUUAAAGAAACAAUCCAAUGAUGCCAAAGAAUAAUGAAUCAGUCACAAAAACCGCAAGAAGCGCUGCAUUCAAAUUCAACAAGCCAAAGUUUGGAUCCACGAACAGAGCUAUAGCUUGAGAAUCCAAUUGACUACUAUUUGCCAAAUGUCUACUGAGAGAUUUGGGCUUGGUUUUUACUAUAAACGCUGGUUAAACUGCUAUAUAAGGCAACAUGUCCAAUUGUGCUGAUUUAUUUUGACUAAAUAUUUUUAUAAUUCCCUGGGAUCCAAUAUCACUCUUGGACUAUACAAAGUAUAGGAAGAAAACCAAAUAGACUUCUCCCCACUUAUAAAAGAGCAGAUACUAUGAAACCUGAAGAAGAAAACAAUAUUCGAAAAUUCAUGGAAGCUUUUAAUGAUGAUCAUGCUUUAUUUGUGGAAAAAUUUUUUAAUUUGGAGGUAUCAGCACAAAGAGAUGUCCUAGGAUAUUUGUUGAGGAAAAAAGACGAAUUUGGGAAGCUUGUAAAUCUUUCUUUAAAGCUUAAGCGGCUUUUUAAAGCUUUUAGAAAGUUUUGUAAUGCAGAGCUAUUAUAUCUAUUCCCACUAGUUUUCUCAGUAAAUAAAUAAAGCUAUUUUUAUUAUCAAAAUCUAUAGAAAACGGUAUAGACGAUUUAAUUGAAUUUUUUAUCUCAGAAACCAAAGAAAUUCUAGACUGUGACAAAGCAACUGUAUAUGUGGUUGACGAGCUUAAUCGAGAAUUAUGGACAAGAUCGUCUAAAGGAGAUGGUGCAAAAAGAAUAAGAAUUCCUAUAGACCGAGGUAUUGCUGGAUAUUGUGCCAUGACUGGGGCCAGUGUUAAUGUAAUAGACGCUUAUAAAGACGCAAGGUUUGAUAAUAGUCUUGACAUUGAAGACAAUUAUAAGACAAAAUCAGUCCUUGCGCUUACAAUUAGAGAUAAUGUAGGAAACAUUAUUGGGAUUAUGCAGGCUAUAAAUAAGAAUGAUGGGAUUUUUACCCCAGAUGAUGACGCUUUAUUUGAACUGAUUUCUGCUCAUUAUUCUAUUGUGUUGCAGAGGGUCAUAAAAAAUGAGACCUUGGUGCUGACUUUGGCGAGGCUGAAGGUGUCACUUGAAGCUUGUGUAGGAAUUUGUAAAGCAGAAAAUAUUGUGGAUUUGAAUGCUUGUUUACAAAUUGAGGCAAAAAAAAUCAUGAAUACAGAUAUUGCGUAUUUUUAUGCUGAAAUAGGCGUAUUGUCAUUAUUGAUUUCUGGUGUUUUUAUUAUUUUUUAUAUAAAAUAGUAAUUUUCCCUAAAUUCUAAUGGAAAAAUCAUUUAAUUUUUUUAUACCACAUAGAAGAAGGAAAUCUAUGCAAAACAAUUAAUGGAAAAAUCGAAAAAUUUCCUAUCAUGAUGGGCUUAGCUGGCAAAUGUGUAAGGGAUAAAUCUAUAAUGAACAUUAACGAUGCUUAUAAUCACCCAAGCUACAACGGAAGAGUUGAUAUCGAAACAACUUUAUAGCUCAUCCACACUAGUUGAUCGCUUUAAUCCUGACAUCUUUUGGAAGAUCUAGGAUUGGUUAACCAAAAAAAAAUGUUGGUAGAGCUAACCUUUGAAAUGAAAAAUCUGCAAUAUUUAGUCGAUUUUGUUAUUUCAAAGGUUGGUUUCACACAAAUAUUUAUAUAUGAAUCAGCCACGCAAUCGUCUUGGGAGACUUCGGGAUUAUAACGAUCCUCUAGCUUGGAUACGCUAUACCUGUGCUUUGCAUACCUAUGAAAAAUGAGAAUGGAGAUGUCCUAGCAGUCAUAGAAAUGCUGAACAGCAAAACUGUAAAAGUCCAAGCUUCAAUGAGCGAGUCGAAGCUAAAUCAGGCAGACAGCGAAAUUUUUGAGUAUUUUCAGAAGAUUGUAUGUAUUUAUUUAAAACGAUUUCUCAAUAUUUAA